AUUUGUUAUCAUGGCGUCUGCUGAUCUCUAUCCCAUGUCUUCUAUCGUAGAUGACUUCAACUAUGGAUCCAAUGUCGCCUCGGCCAGUAUUCAGAUCCGUAUGGAUUUUCUUCGAAAGGUCUAUAGCAUUUUGUCUGUACAAAUUCUUCUGACCACUGUGACAGCUGCAGUAUUCCUCUAUUUUGACUCCAUCAAGACAUUUGUUCAUGAAAGCCCUGCUUUACUUUUACUUUGUGCCAUUGGGUCACUGGGUUCAAUUAUCGCCCUGACCAUCUACAGACAUAAACAUCCAGUGAACCUGUACCUGUUGUUUGGAUUUACUGUAUUAGAAGCUGUUACUGUUGGAAUUGCAGUGACCUUCUAUGAAGUGGCUGUGGUUCUACAGGCAUUUAUAUUGACCAGUGCUGUGUUCCUUGGCCUUACUGUUUACACAUUCCAGAGCAGGAGAGACUUCAACAAGUUUGGGGCUGGGCUCUUUGCUGGAUUAUGGAUUUUGAUCCUUGCGGGAUUUCUUAGGUUUUUCUUUUAUAGCGAGACUAUGGAGAUAGUGAUGGCUGCUGGUGGAGCUUUGCUAUUCUGUGGAUUCAUCAUCUAUGAUACUCAUUUGCUGAUGCACAAACUGUCCCCAGAGGAGUACGUUCUCGCUUCCAUCAACCUCUAUCUUGAUAUCAUCAAUCUCUUCCUUCACCUUUUACGCUUACUAGAGGCCAUAAACAGAAAAUAACCUACAAAAGUCAAUUCAAUUAAUGCAGUUUUAAUGAUUCCAUUUAUGUUUAGACAA